AUGCUCUUCAAGUCACUUUGCAGACUCGUGCACGACAUAUUAGAGACGAUUUACGAGACGAUCGAUUUAAAGUAUGAUAGGAUGAUCCGUGCCGAUGCACUGCUUACUUCAUCCACUUUUGAUGAUCAUAGACAGCAGCUGAUGUUCAUUUUCACUUGUCUUGAUCACUGCCACCAGUUGGAGGAGCUUUCUGAUGAUUUCAUCAAAUGGAUCAUGUGUCGAUUCAUUCGAUCGCGGACGAGUAUCGUUGUCAAUGCGAAACUUGGUGGCUUUCUUCAAGAGAAAAUUCUCCACCUGGGUGGUCUGAUUACUGACAAAGACGGUUUCCUUCUGCAUAUAGUUAAGCAGCUGGCAGUUCUGGUUGACGGAGGAAAUUGUAUCACCCUUGGAGAGAAUGCAGGAAAGUACGAUUCCCAAGUGGUUCUCAGCGAGGUUUCUGAUUGCCGUAAUAUAGUAUAUCUCUCUCUUUUGGAUAUAAUAAGCCACGUGAAGUUCCGCUUUGAGUCGUUGUCCUGUAAGACAUUGCAGUUGUUGUGGGUGUCUCUUGUGAGCAUUUGUGCCGUUGGACCACCUCGUCUCAAAGCGGCAUGUGUGCUACUCUUUCAAAGAUUGUUAUCGCUGGAUUUGGGAAAUGAAAUUGUUUCGCGGCUAGUGUUUGAUGUAAUUAUGUCAACAGAAGAAUUCAUACAUGCGCAAAAUAAGUCGACGGCUGGCCUUGAAAUAUUGCUUCAAGCUCACGAAAGCUGUCUUAAGGUACUUAUGGAGUUGCUUGAAGAUGUUGAACAUAAGAGAUCGUUCGAAGGAAUAGCCGUCUCGGUUAUUUUGUCUUGGGGUACUCGUGCUGCUGAACUGGGAUUUCUUCAUCCUAUCACGCCUGCUCGGUUUGAAAUCGUCACCACAGCCGUCUCUCGCCUUCUAUGCCGUUUGAAAGGAGAUUUCAACGAAGAGCACAUGAAACUGAUAAAUUCAUUAGCUGAUCUCAUUCAGAAGCUGGUUGAACGUUUACUCACCGCCGAGCCAGUCGGUAAUGGCAAUAUUGUUGAGAAAUUACAUUCAUACUACUCAUUUUUGCUCAAUGUCGACUUGAUUUCAUCGCAGAGUGCUCGAGGUGAUUGGAUAGCAUCAUAUUGUGAAUCACGUUGGCAAGCGCUUCUACGCUCUGGAAAGCACGGUGAAGCAAUGAAAAUAAGACGAAUAACAACUGCAGCUCUAUCCUUGUGUAGUGGCAGAAAUGCUUCAUCGGUGCUUGUGAAUAUCCUACCGACAGAGCAGCAACUAAUUCAAGUUCUUGAAGCUGCUUCAUCAUUAGGCUCUGCGGCUUCUGGAGUAUUUCUUACUGUUUUUGAAAUCGUCGGCGAUUUGGUUUCUCGUCACACUAAUUUUCCUCCGUCUGCCACCGUCGCCUUUCUCUCUCUACCGUGGCUCUUGGAUCCUGACCUGCAGCUGCAGUCAAAGCGCCACAUGAACUCGUUGCCUCUAUUGAGAGAAAUGAUUCGCCUGGUCAAAGCACACGCUAUAAGUUCAAGUGACGAUAUUUUGGAGUACACUUUGUCUGCUCUGUCAGCUGUACACGGGUUUUGUGAUUGGCGUCGUACUAUCUUGCUUUCGGCGAUGUCCUCUCAUCGGCCACAUCUGGUUCAAGCUGCUCUAUCCCAUUUGGCGAUGUUUGUAUCAUCACUCGACGCCGCUUCAUUGCAUCGUUUACUCACCCCAGCAAUUGAAUUGGCUUCAAAUCCAACUUUUACGGCACUCAAGUUGUCCAGACUUUUCCGACCGCUGCGUGCACCAGUUAUUUAUUCGUGCUCUACACUUUCUUGAUUCCACGGCAAUAUUCAAUGACUGUAAGAGGACGGUUCAAGAGCUAGCAGCGAAGGAAUUUUCUGACUCGCGAGAUACUCGGCGUUUUUUCGCAAGAAGGAAGAGGGCAUUUUGUUCGGAUAUAGUGAACGAAGUGUUGUAUUCCACAUGGCAUGCUGAUGAAGAGGAGUCAGAUAAUGUGAUUAAUGAGGAGAUUGAUGAUUUGCUCCAAGUUGCUGGGGAUAUUUUUGGUUUUGAAAAUAUUCCAAGCUUCAUCCGUGCAGCAGUGUAUAUUGUUCCACAAAUCCUUUUGUCUCACUCGGAACAGAGACAAGUUGCUGUGAAGAUGCUGGACAGGAUUAGAUUUCAUCUCUCGAAAAACGUGCAGGAUUUGAUAUCCGAGCUGCGAAUACCUUGGGUUUCUCUUGUCGUUCCGUCGCAGUCUUCUCGAUGACGAUCACUAUGAGCAACGUUCAGUAUUGCUAUCCAGUCUCGCCACUAUAAUACGGUUGAUCGAUGAAAAGUUCCUUGAAGAAACAUCUAAUAAAGUUAUGGUUGUUCUUCGUGCUGCCACAGUUGUUGGCGAAGGUGCGGUAGCCGUCUGGAAGGAAUUUGUACGACGGCUGGGUGACAGAAUGCUAGCCAAUUUGCUGCCCAAAAUCCUGAUUGCGAUACAACCAUUGCUGAAGUUUCCGGCCACAAACGAAUUACUGGACAAUAUUUUUGAUCGGAGAAAACCGCUGGAAAUAGACCAAAGCGAAGCGUUUGAGCGAACUGCGAUGGUGCUGGUGAACAGUGAAGCUGGGGAUUCAUCUCGAAUCAAUUUCCAUCUUCGUCGUACAUCUACCAAUAACUCCAUCGAGCACAUAGUUUCAGGUUGUGUUCGGAUGCUGAUGGAAGAAUGUGAAACCGUGGGUCGCGUUGUACUACAAAAAUUACUAUCAGUACUGGACGGCAAUCCCUUGCCGGAUACUUUAGCCGCCAGCCUGAUACCAGCUCUUUUACACACCAUGCGUAAUUGUGGUGAUGUCAGCCUUCGUGUGUUAUCUGCACAGUGUCUGGGUAGACUAGCAGCGGUAGAUCCUGGUAGAAUCGGUUCGUCUAGUGGCAUCUCUACAUCUGAUCAGAAGAAGAUAGUUUUCGUUGAUGACGCUAAAGAAUUUUACGUGGAUAUUUUGGAGCGAGCUUGGCGUGUCUACUCGAAUCUGUUAGACGCAGAUGUGCUUGAUCAAGUAGAAUUCGCUCUUCAGUCAUUAAUGUCUGAGCUCGUAGGAAAAUCGGAUGAAUUUGGGAUUAUGGAGCGACUGAGCGAAGAAUGUCGUCGAGAUAUUGAACCCUUCCGGAGCAGUAGUCUCGUACAAACGCAUGACCGAAGAGGACCGAUCAAAGAGAGGCCGGUUGUGGAUCAUGUGCAAGGAUAUGAAGAAUGGUUGCUACAGUGCUUUAUCAUUGGCGUACCUAAGGUGCGCCAGCAUCCGGACAAGGAGUUGUUCAAAGCUUUGAAAUGGAUUGUAUUUGCAAAGGAUACNGUAUUCACGCAACAUAUGCUACCUCAGCUGAUUAUUCGCCUGAUACUCGAGAAUAAUGAAGACAUGAUUAGUGAGUACUGUGACGAAAUGACAAGUGUGUUGGCUCGAGUGGUAUCGAAUGCUGCCAGUUGGAGACGACUGGCGGCACACGUGGUGUUUUCUGUGUUAGAUACAUUAGAACAGUAUGCGAUCAGAAGGCUGGCCAAGAAGAGGCCUAAUGAUAAGGAACUGGAAAGGACACAAGCAUUUCUGUCUCGAGUCUUCUCUGAAAAGGCCUCCAAUGGUUCCUUGCUGGUAGUAGUGGCUGCAGAGAAGUGUCAAUGCAUGCAUCGAGCUCUUCGAUGGUGUGAGCAGCAUGAAAUCAAGCAGGACGACCUUGGUUGUAAUAUCUUCGACCGGAACCACUUUUAUACCCUUGAGCGCAUCUAUACUCAACUACAAAACGUGGACGGUGUUCUGGGAUCAUUUGAAUGCAUCUCAGCUUGUACAUCACCAACAGCAGACGAACGAAUUCUGGCUCUAGAAGCAAAUGGUGACUACAAUGAGGCUCUGCCCCUCUACUCGCAGUCUGUGAAUAACAAGGAGCUUCAACUCAUCAAAUGUCUUCUGCGACUCAAUCAGCCUCAACUAGCGUUGAACACUGCAAUCUCGUUUCAAGAAAAUGAUGAGAAAUCUUCUCAUUUGACAAGUUCGUUGGCCUCCAGCCAACUUGAGGCCACUUGGCAUUUGAGAGAUUGGGGAAGACUGGAGAAAAUGGUUCAAAAAUGUGACCCACUACUGGACCGUCACGAUUCGUCGUGGGGAGCAGCUUGUGCUUCGAUUCUGUGUGCUGUUAAGCGCCGCGAAUCUGUGAAGUUGACAGAGAGGCUUCUGGCAGCUCGUCAACGCCUCGUCGAGCGAAUAACUGCAAAAACCAUCGAAGAUUCAAACACAUACACCCAAGCGUAUAAAUACAUAGCCAAUCUACACGUCUUGGAAGAAAUCGACGAAUCUAUGCACUCUCUGUCACUUCUGUCGAACCAGAAGCCUGUUAACCUGAGGGCAGUUCUGGACAAGUGGCAGGCUCGAUCGGAAUGUGUGAUGCAGUGCUCAAAUAUCCUGGAACCGAUUCUGUUGGUACGUCGGGAGUUGCUUCGGGCCACUGCCGAUGUGGGAACUGUCGAUCGCCGAGAUGUCGACAACGCUGUCACUCAACUUCUUGUGCAGAGUUGUCGCUUAGCUCGGCAAUCAGGCCACAUCCAGAUUGCGUGGACGUUCCUGGUAGAAGCCAAAGCGUUGGGCGUGAACUUGAAGGAUGUUGGAAUGGAGGAAGCGCGAUUUGAGUUCCAAAAGGGCAGCCAGUCUCAAGCGAUCGGGCUUCUAACCAAGUUGUUGAAUACCAAAUUUGCUGACAUGAACAAAUUGUUUACGGAUUUCGUUCAUUGGCACGAAUCUGGUGCAAAGAGUACGGCAGACUCUCCAGACGUUCUCGUGAAGAAAACCAGUAAGGAAUCGAGGGCCGCCUUCGCAGAGGUUCAGUUACUGCGCGCUGAGUACAUGCUGAAAUCAGGAGCGGUGGCGGCGACAGAUCUCUACCAGAUCUAUUUGUCACUACAGCGAUUUGACGUACCUUCUGAGGAUCUUCAUUAUCGUGUGGCAGUGUUUUGUGAUGGAAUGUAUAGCAAUGAUACUGAGAAGGUUCGAAGCGAUUUGGUUGCGAACAUCCUGAAGUCCUACACGAAUGCUCUACGUUUUGGCCGUACACAUUUGUUUCACGCAAUGCCAAGAAUGCUUACGAUAUGGCUGGACGUUAGUCAGAAAAAGACUGAGGCGAUUCAAAGCCGUGGAUCAGAUGCCCGUGCCACCGAAAUGAACAAUAGAGACAAUAACGAUAUAACGCAAAUGAAUACGGAAAUCUCUCGAGCAUUCCGACAACUUGAUUCGUACGCAUUCUACACAGCAUUCCCUCAGCUGAUCUCACGUAUAGUACAUCCUAACGCAUCAGUCUUUUCAACUCUGAAGGCUAUCUUGGCUGAUCUCAUCUGUAAAUAUCCUCAUCAAUGUAUAUGGCAAUCAAUAGCUGUUUACAGAACUGGUCCAUGGCAGAAAAACAUUCGUCAAGAAAGGUUCGAGAUGCUGUUUUGCAACUACUCUCUGUUUUCUCAACUUUUUUUCAUGUCUUAUUGGUUUUUUACUCAUCUUACUGCAUUGCAAAGUCGUUUUGCGCUUUCUGUUGCUAUUCUGUUUCGCUUUUGGAUCGCGUACUUUCGCUGGCAUAGCACAAGUACGAAUUCGAGUCCCUUUCGCGAUCGAAGUUUUGACCGUAACUCGUCAACCUUAAAAGAGUUCGGUUAA